AUGACCAAGUUUCAGGAAUCAGUGACAUUCCAGGACGUGGCUGUGGUCUUCACCGAGGAGGAGCUGGGGCUGCUGGACUCUGCCCAGAGGACACUGUACCAAGACGUGAUGCUGGAGACCUUCAGGAACCUGGUCUCCGUGGGACAUCAUCCCUUCAAACUAGAUAUGUUAUUCCAGCUGGAAGUGGAAGAAAAGCUUUGGAUGAUGGAGACAGAAACCCAAAGAAGUGAGUAUUCUGGGGAGAGCCCCGUGACUCUCCUUUCGGCCUUUCUGUUUCCUCUGGAGUCAGUUUGA